ACGCAACUAACGGGGCGCUCGUCCCCUCAGGGUUUCGACCGCCACCGUCUCCAGGACUGACGGUCGACGCAAGAAUGGCCGACACCGAAUUUGAGCAGUUUCGACAAUAUUUCGAAAGAGUCCCCCAACAUCUCAAGGCCCCCAUCUCCAAUUACAGACUCGUUCAUGAUGUUAUGGUCGAUGAUUCGCCAACGUCGUCACAAGGAAGUGACACAGACGUUGGGAGAUCUUGCAGAGAUGUUGUGGACUCUGAGGAUGAGGACGUGGGCAUUCACAGGCACGAAGUUCAAAGUGGACGCAGUUCACCAGAAAGUGAAGUCGAGUUUGAACAUCGCUGUUCGAUCGUAGCUGAUAGUGACUUCAGCUUGUUCGAUCCGCCGAGCAGUAGGGGUCGGUCAUCAUUCUACGGCUCAGGACCUGGAGGAGGUCUCAGGACCGGAAGUGAAGGUCGGGACAGUGCCGUAAGCGAUGUGGGUGACUCUUGUUCCUCUUUGAGUUCCUGGACGACUCCUGAGCAUCGACCUUCCAGUGGAGGAAUGGAACGAAAGCGCAGAAGACUUCCGGAAAUUCCCAAGAACAAGAAAAGUUUUGCAAACUCGGGUCAAAUGUCUUUGGCUGAAGAGUUGGGUGCUGCAGCCGCUGCUGCAGCCGCGAAUUCUGGUUCCGGAAGACACCACCUGACUUUGAGGAAGUGUCAUCCAAGAUUACGCCAUGAGGACAGUUCUCCUGAUAGCGAGAGAAUGGCCACUGAUAGUGGUCACUCCACUGCUCAUUCACCGGAUAAUGGGCCCAAAAGUGUAUCACCUAUUCCUUGCAGCUCUCUCCAAAAUGUUGGCUCUGUCUCACCUGAUAGCACUCCUGAUGGUUUAUUUAUGCUAUCAGGAAGCAGUGGUGUACCAUUUACACAACUGGAAUUGCUUGAGGCAACUCACAGGGGAUUACAUAAAUUUAUUCCUCGUCACCACGACGAAAUUGAUCUUGAAAUCGGUGAUCCCAUAUACGUUCAGAAGGAAGCUGAUGACCUCUGGUGUGAAGGUGUAAAUCUCAGAACGGGACGUCAGGGAAUUUUUCCUUCUGCAUACGCAGUGGACAUGGAUUACAGUGAUUUUGAUCCUUCUGCCCCAAAGGUGAAAAGAGAGCGAUAUCUCUUGGGAUAUUUGGGCUCUGUUGAGACUUUGUCUCAUAAGGGAACAAGCGUUGUUUGUCAAGCGGUGCGUAGAAUCGUUGGCAACACAUCACAAUCUUCCCCUAAUUCUCAAAGCUGCAUUCUUGAGGUUUCGGAUCAGGGCCUCCGGAUGGUGGACAGGAGCAAACCGCCAAAAAAUCGGGGCCCUUGUCACGAUUAUUUCUACUCGUUAAAGAACGUCUCUUUUUGUGCAUUUCAUCCUCACGAUCAUCGUUACCUUGGCUUUAUCACGAAGCAUCCAACUUUGCAAAGGUUUGCUUGUCACGUCUUUAUUGGUCAAGAAUCUACAAGACCAGUUGCUGAAGCCGUUGGACGAGCCUUUCACCGAUUCUACACCAAAUUCAUUGAGACUGCUUUCCCAGUAGAAGAUAUCUAUAUUGAAUAAAAUAAGAAGCCUAGUUUUGAAGUAGUAUUCGCGAUUGGAGAAGAGACGAAAAUAUCGUCGUUAUUUAAAUCCCCAUGUAAAUAUUCCCUCACUUGUAGAUAUGAAGUAUUAAACGUGAAUUAAAAUGGCGAAUGUAUCCUGAGAAUCUAAGAUUGUAAUUAUGACGGGACCGACAGUGCAAUCCAGAUUACUUUAAGAUUAUUAAUAAUUUAUAUUAUUUUUCUUAUGCAUUUUUUUAUCAAUGAUAUCUCGUGCGUGUAGAGUUUCUCAAUUUUUGUUCUUAUCGACUGUACGUGCAUACGAAUUAUUUUCUAUUCUUUUGCGUGGGCAGUUGAUUUAAAUAAGAUCUCAAAACGGCUGCUGACGCUUUAUGUCGCCUGAUCGGUUGAGAUUUGUAUAUUUUUAUAUUAU